ACCUCUCUGCAAACCCAAUUUCCCACUUCAAAAUCUCUCUCUCUCUCUCUCUCGCUCUCUCUCUCUCUCACAAACACGCACGCACGCACGCACACACACCAACCCUCCCCAUUCCACCAACCCGAUUUUGGCCGUCAUGGCGUCCUACCUCGCCGCCAAGCAUUUCGUCGGAUGUCCGCCUUCUUCCGACGGACUCGCCCGCCGCCUCGGUUCCCUCCAGUCGCCGCAGGCGCUGCCGUCGCCGAGCAUCCAGCUGCCUUCCCGCAGAUCGCGAUGCAAACGCUUCGAAAUACAAGCCUCUGGUAGCACCUAUGGAAAUUACUUCAGAGUUACAACAUUUGGAGAAUCUCAUGGGGGUGGUGUAGGGUGUGUGAUUGAUGGUUGCCCUCCGAGACUUCCCCUCUCUGAAGAGGACAUGCAAGUUGAUUUGGAUAGAAGGAGGCCAGGUCAGAGUCGGAUAACCACUCCUAGAAAAGAGACGGACACCUGUAAAAUAGCUUCGGGAAUUGCUGAUGGGUUCACCACCGGAUCUCCAAUCAAGGUAGAAGUGCCCAAUACGGAUCAAAGAGGACAUGACUAUAGUGAAAUGUCUCAAGCUUAUAGGCCAUCCCAUGCAGAUGCAACUUAUGAUUUCAAGUAUGGCGUUAGAUCAGUGCAGGGUGGUGGUAGAUCUUCUGCAAGAGAAACAAUUGGGAGGGUUGCUGCUGGAGCUGUGGCUAAGAAGAUACUAAAGCAAUAUGCAGGGACUGAAAUUCUUGCUUAUGUCUCUCAAGUGCACAACGUUGUCCUUCCAGAAAAUUUGGUUGAUAAUGAAAAUGUGACUCUUGAUCAGAUAGAGAGCAAUAUCGUAAGGUGCCCAAACCCUGAGUAUGCGGAGAAAAUGAUUUCUGCUAUUGAUGCUGUCCGAGUGAGAGGUGACUCUGUUGGGGGUGUUGUCACCUGCAUUGUUCGGAAUGUACCACGGGGACUUGGUUCUCCAGUCUUUGAUAAACUUGAAGCUGAGUUGGCAAAAGCUGUUAUGUCAUUACCUGCAACAAAAGGUUUUGAGUUUGGCAGUGGAUUUGCAGGUACAUUUAUGACUGGUAGUGAGCAUAAUGAUGAAUUCUACAUGGAUGAACAAGGUCGAAUUAGGACAAAAACCAACCGUUCUGGUGGGAUACAGGGUGGAAUAUCAAAUGGAGAAACAAUUAACAUGAGAAUAGCUUUCAAACCAACAUCUACAAUCUCCAAGAAGCAGCAUACUGUGACGAGAGACAGGCACGACACGGAGCUCAUAGCUCGAGGUCGUCACGAUCCUUGUGUUGUUCCACGAGCUGUCCCGAUGGUAGAAGCAAUGGUUGCCCUAGUGCUGGUCGAUCAAUUAAUGGCACAAUAUGCUCAAUGCAUGCUUUUCCCGAUUAAUCCAGCACUACAAGAGCCCCUUCAGCUGCCUAAAAAUGAGCAGGCACAGCACUUCAUAAUCUUUCUCGUACACACACACACAUCAAACCUUUCCAUGACGACAACCAACCCGACAUUUGCCGUCAUGGCGUCCUACCUCGACGCCAAGCAUUUCGUCGGAGGUCCGCCUUCUUCUGACGGACUCGCUCGCCGCCUCGAUUCUCUCCAGUCGCCGAGCAUCCAGUUGCCUUCCCGCAGAUCGCGACACAAACGAUUCGAAAUACAAGCCUCUGGUAACACCUAUGGAAAUUACUUCAGAGUUACAACAUUUGGAGAAUCUCAUGGGGGUGGUGUGGGGUGUGUGAUUGAUGGAUGCCCUCCGAGACUUCCCCUCUCUGAAGAGGACAUGCAAGUUGAUCUGGAUAGAAGGAGGCCAGGUCAGAGUCGAAUAACCACUACUAGAAAAGAGACGGACACCUGUAAAAUAGCUUCGGGAAUUGCUGAUGGGUUCACCACCGGAUCUCCAAUCAAGGUAGAAGUGCCCAAUACAGAUCAAAGAGAACAUUACUAUAGUGAAAUGUCUCAAGCUUAUAGGCCAUCCCAUGCAGACGCAACUUAUGAUUUCAAGUAUGGCGUUAGAUCAGUGCAGGGUGGUGGUAGAUCUUCUGCAAGAGAAACAAUUGGGAGGGUUGCUGCUGGAGCUGUGGCUAAGAAGAUACUAAAGCAAUGUGCAGGGACUGAAAUUCUUGCUUAUGUUUCUCAAGUGCACAAUGUUGUCCUUCCAGAAAAUUUGGUUGAUAGUGAAAAUGUGACUGUUGAUCAGAUAGAGAGCAAUAUCGUAAGGUGCCCAAACCCUGAGUAUGCGGAAAAAAUGAUUGCUGCUAUUGAUGCUGUCCGAGUGAAAGGUGACUCUGUUGGGGGUGUUGUCACCUGUGUUGUUCGGAAUGUACCACGGGGACUUGGUUCUCCAGUCUUUGAUAAACUUGAAGCUGAGUUGGCAAAAGCUGUUAUGUCAGUACCUGCAACAAUAGGCUUUGAGUUUGGCAGUGGAUUCGCAGGUACAUUUAUGACUGGUAGUGAGCAUAAUGAUGAAUUCUACAUGGAUGAACAAGGUCGAAUUAGGACAAAAACCAACCGGUCUGGUGGGGUACAGGGUGGAAUAUCAAAUGGAGAAACAAUUAACAUGAGAAUAGCUUUCAAGCCAACACCUACAAUCUUCAAGAAGCAGCAUACUGUGACGAGAGACAAGCACGACACUGAGCUCAUAGUCCGAGGCCGUCACGAUCCUUGUGUUGUUUCACGAGCUGUCCCGAUUGUAGAAGCAAUGGUUGCUCUGGUGCUGGUCGAUCAGUUAAUGGCACAAUAUGCGCAAUGUAUGCUUUUCCCGAUUAACCCAGCACUACAGGAGCCCCUUCAGCUGCCUAAAUAUGAGCAGGCAGAGAGCUCGAUUCGAAGAGAAGGCUAUCUAAUAGCCGUAAACAACGGCAAACAAGAAACGGGAGAUGGCAAAACGAAGCCACGUGAGAUGAAAGCAGCUGAAAAAUAUUUAGGAGAUGAGCAUCGCCACUUAACCAUCACCUGUUGGUCCCACUUUGUCAUUUCGCCAGCUAUGGUGAACUACUGGAAAUCGAAGGUCCUUCCUAAGAUCAAGAAAGCUUUCGAGAAUCCGAAAAAGGCGGCUGCAGCAGAGGCCUGCAAGGCCUUUGAUGAAGCUAAGGAGCAAUAUUCGAAAGAGUUGGAUGAGAAAAAAACCGAGCUUCAACCCAAAGUCGUUGAAAUCUAUGAAGCUUCUUCGACCGAGAUUAAGAAUUUCCGGGUUCGAAACCAGUUUGCGAAGCGGCUACUAAAGUGGGGCCAGCAUACGUGGUGGGCCCGGUCUCUGGUUAAGGAGGAAGAAGAAGAAAAGAAAGUCGAGCCGCCAAAAACCGAGCCAGCUGCAGAGGAAGCUAAGAACAUCGUCGAGGAAAAGAACAUUGUCGAGAAAGAGGAAUCAGCUCCGUCUGUCGAGAAAGACAAAGCACCGGCAAAGCCGGAAGAAGAAGAAGAAACACCAAAGCCUUGA